AUCAGUAGGCGUUUGUGUAUGCUUGUUGCUUAUUUUUAGUCAUCUUCAAUAAUAACUUUAUUUGAAAAAAGGUAUGUCAGAUUUAUUUGGUUUAUUUUAGGAUUUGUUAGAUUUUUACAACGAAAACGUAACAAGAUCACGUGAUCAAACAACAGGCCACUUCAAUCCAUGUGUUCGAUGGACUGCUUUAUGUCCUAUAUCAGGCUGGUAAGUAGAUUUCAGAGGGAAUCGAGCGGCGUGCAGAGAUAAAUAUGGAGAAAAAUGUUGGAUCCCUUCAGGAGCAGGCUCUGAAGAGAAAAGAGAGAUUAAAAGCCCUUAGAAAUAAACAACUUCAUGGCCAAGAUCAGGAAGAUGGGGAACCAGAGAAUAAAAAGGCUGCACUUGAAGUGACCACAGAAGAAAAGCACAGAGAACUGAAACUGAGGAAUUACACUCCAGAGGAUGAAGAACUGAAAGAGAGGCAGGUUCCUAAAGCCAAACCUGCAUCAGUGGAAGAUAAAGUCAAAGAUCAGCUGGAAGCAGCUAAUCCAGAGCCCAUAAUUGAAGAAGUGGAUUUGGCCAACCUCGCCCCAAGAAAACCAGACUGGGAUUUAAAGCGUGAUGUGGCAAAGAAACUGGAGAAACUGGAAAGGAGAACACAGAGAGCCAUCGCUGAACUCAUCCGGGAUCGUCUGCGAGGCCACGAGGAGGAGUUAGCCGGGGCAGUGGGAGCAGUCGGAGUGGAGGGAGGAGACUCAGAUUGAAUACAAAAUACGACUAAACAGGGAUAGCCUCAGUUUACUGGGACUGUACAUGUGCUGUGUAAACUAGUUUUAUUAUGCAAACAGAUGUUUUCUGUCAGUACAGCACUGUCAUGUAAUAUGAAAAUUCUAUAUAUGUGGUUCCUGAAGUGCAUUGUCAAUGUAAACAGCAAUGUUUUUUAUUUUUUUUAUAUAUAGAAGUAAAAUUGACAUCUUUGCCUA